AUGCCUACAACAUCGGGCAACUUAAAUUCAAACCCAAAUAAACUAUCUCUUAAUGAUAAAUUAUUAGCGUCCAAACACUCAACACCUAUCCCCUCACCCAAAACCACCUCAACUCAAGACAACCUCAUCAUCAAUGAUACCAACAACAUUCAACCCACUUCAAAUCAUCCAAUAGACAGCUCCCAAGUUAAAAGUUUCGCUGAAACAACAGCCAACUCUCUCAUACCAAAAAUGAAUCAAGCUAUCGUUAUGAACUCAAUCGACGGAAUUAAACAAAUACAAUACAUUAUAGCGCUCAGUAAAAUUACUGACGCAACCAACAUUAUCUCCGCUUCGCGCAUAUCUAAUAAUAGGUUCUGCGUUUUCUUCAAAAACCAACAGAUUACUAAUGACAUCAUUAACAAGCACUCGGCCAUAUUCGUUGAUAAUAUUGAGAUACCGAUACGCAAGUUAAUUAACCCGGCCAAACGCAUUAUUUUAUCGAACGUAUAUCCCGCUAUUCCGAAUAAAUCUAUCAUCGAGGCGAUAGAGACAUUCGGUAUUAAAAUAACAUCUCCAAUCACGGCGCUUAAAGCUGGUUUCCCGCUCGAUAAAUUCGCACAUAUCACUAGCUUCCGCAGACAACUGUACAUCAGUCCUGAAGAUUUCCCAAAACUACCUGGAUCGAUCGUUAUUGUCCUCGACAACACCUCAUACCGUAUAUUCAUUACCGAUGACAUCGUAACCUGCUUUUUAUGCAAAAAACCCGGCCAUGUAUCAUCCUCUUGUAAGAUGAUAUACACAACUCCCUCUCUGACAGAAAAUAUGGACACCUCAAAUGUACAAACAUCCACUAAUACCUCAUCCCAUCAAAUCGUCGAAAAAACCAUUAGUAUGGACGUGACUCCUGAUCUACCUCUAGAAACCACUAGCGAAAUAUCCAACACAAAUAAUACACAAAUCACCAAAGACGAUAACUACGAUGAUAUAUCGGACUCACAACCACUCCAAGCUACUUUCAAAAGGCCAGCCCCUGAAUCCACAUGCCCGUCAGCGCCUCCCUCCCCCACGCUGACCAACGACAUAAUUGAGUUAGGUAAGGGUACACCUGCUGCCAAAAACACAAAGUCUAAAAACCAAACCACAAAAAAAAUUAAAGCCAGAUCAAGAUCAAACUCCUCAACAAGAACCUCCGAAAUACUAGAUAACCUUCUUGAGCCAGCAACGGCUAUCCUGCAGAACAAAGACUCCCCCCUCAAUCUAAUCUCUUUCAAAUAUAUCCUGGAAAACUUCACAAACAAAAAUUUAAACAUACAUGACCUAUGUAUUAACGUUGGAUCCAAUGCCUCUGAAGUCCUUGACAUGGCCGAAAAAAUAUUACCAUUAAUGGUGGAAAAAAAAAUAAAAAACAAAAUAUCUAAACUAUCUACAAUUCUAUUCCAAUCUAUACCUCCCUCCGUACAGUCAACUCCGCAGACUUCCAACUUGAAUCAAUCUAAUCAAUAA